AUUGUUAUUUAUUUCUGAGAAGCCACUUUACGAACUAUGCGUUCCAAAGUGCAUCUGAGGAUUUCACUUCCUUAUGUUGUUUUCUUGUCGAUUAUAUGUCCUUUAUCAAAUGGUUUCAUUCCUCAGAUCACUGAUAGAAUCGAAACGGCAGUUGUACAAGAAAAAGGUACUGCUUAUCUUAACUGUACAGCAGUCAUAGAGGAACAACAGGAGUCUCAAAUUAGUUGGUAUCGUACUGUAGAUAAACAACAAAUCUCAUCUGGUAGUACACUUAAAGAUCCUGUUCGUCGUGGUCCUCAUGGUGUCAGCAAAUAUGCAGUUAGGUUUCUUCCUGGAAGACCCAACUAUGCACCUAAUAUGGCUGGUGUUGACGUAAACAAACUACGUACCUACCAACUGAUUGUUCGAUUUGUAGAUAUUAAUGAUGCAGAUACACAAUUCAGGUGUGUUAUUGAAUUGAGAACUACACCAGUUGAUCAGUGGCCUGUAGCAUAUGGGAAUAUUAUUGUGAAACGCGCUCCUGAAAUUCUCCCGGGGUUGACAUCUAAAAUUGUGACGGAAGGAGACUCUUUAACGUUAGUUUGCCGGGCACAAGGCUCGCCACCACCGAUGAUAAGUUGGACUAGAGCUAAUGGAAGGCCUCUGUCACUUCCAGGUUCACCACAAAGAAUUUAUAAUUCAACACUACAUAUUCCCCGCGUUGAUCGUUAUGAUCGUGGUGUUUAUCGAUGUUAUGCAGUUAACAACGUAGCUGGGUCGGCUGAAUAUGAUGUAAUGGUGGAAGUUAAUUAUGCACCACAUGUUCGUGAGGCUCGGUUCAAGGGAGCUUAUGGACAGGCACCAGAUGGAAAUUAUGACAUGACAUUGGAAUGCAUUGUCAAUGGAUAUCCUGACCCUGAUUUAUUAUGGUAUACUGGAAUUUAUGAUCCGAUAACUAAUAAUAAACCCCUAUUUGAUAAUAAUCGUUAUGAACUUGAAAAAGCUCAAAGUUAUGGUUCAGCUGGAACAAAUGUAACUGAUGUUUUCUCAACUCUACUAAUUCGUAAUGUACGAGUUGGUGAUUAUGGAAAUUAUUCUUGUAGAGCGGAAAACAAAUAUGGAUCAAAUUUUGUUGUACUCAGUUUAUUUUACAGUGAUUCAUAACGACAGGUUAGGACAGAAUUGAAUAACCAUAAAUUCAUCUCAGCGGAAGCAAAUAGAAAAUAGUAUUAAUGGACAUAUUGAUAUUAUGCCUUCAACGGACUCAUGAUCUUAACCAUUGAAAUUACUAUAAUAUCCACAAAACCCAUCUGAUAUUAGAGAUAAUAGCCAACAAUAAACAGAAAGAUCAUACUAUGAGAAUGCACUGUAUUUAAUGAAGUACUCAUUACUUCUUUCUUUGUCGAAACAUAUACAUAUAUAUUUAUGGAACAUUUAAAUACAAAUUAAUAUUUUACUUAAGCUUUUUCGAC